AUGGUUGCCAUCAAAUGGUCGGUCGCCUACUGUUCCGGCGCUCAGUUCAUACUCUUCGUGGACGACGACUAUUACAUCUCAAUUAAGAAUCUCUUGAAAUAUGUGAGAAAUCCACUCAAUUCGUGGCCAAUGAUUGAUUCCAAUUCAAUUGAUAUGGAAUCCAAUACUCGCUUCGAUGGCCGCCUAUACACCGGUUAUCUCUUUCCAAAGUCACCUCCACUCAGGCAUAAGACAAGCAAAUGGUUUGCGUCUCUCGAAGAAUAUCCGUAUUCAUUAUACCCGCCGUACAUAACGGCCGGCGCUUUUGUAUUGUCCAACACAUCGCUAAUAGACAUGUAUUUCGGCUCUUUAUAUACGAAACACUUCCGAUUUGACGACAUUUAUGUGGGAAUAUUGGCGAAGAAGUUAUCAAUUAUUCCGAGACAUAAUCCAAACUUCUAUUUCUGGUCAUUGAGUUAUAGCGCCAGCGCUUUUGAGGACGUGAUUGCGUCCCAUGGCUUCGGAGACACGAAGAAUUUGCUCAUCGCUUGGAAUCAACAAAAGAGUUUAGGAUUUGCUUAG